AUUAAUUUAUAUUGAAUUCAUAUAAUCUGCAUACAGAAUAGGUAUUCUUGGUUGGCCCCACAUCAACGGCAAGGAUGGACUCAGGCGUUACGUCGCGUAGUAUUAGAAAACUGCUGGAAGAUGCAAAAAGCUACGGGAAUUGAGUUGAGAGAGCCGGUUCGAACAUUUGGUGAGUCGAAGCCACGUGGAUGUGACAUGGUUAUCUAUCCAAACACGACGUUGGAUGAAGAAAAAAAGUCGAACGGUUCAUAUAAGCAGGUGUAUAGUAACAAACGUGCACAUAAGCGUAGGAGAUUCUAACCGCUAUUAAAGAGUAGUCAUUUAAAACGACACGAUAUCGCUCACCGAGUUGCUUCACUCCCUCUCCAACUUCAUUUCUCUCGACUCUCGUGAAGCAUCAUCACUCUCUUUUAUUAGUCUCUCGUUUGACCAGAGUACGGUACUAGGAAAGAUAAGAUGGUGUCGAAGGCGUUGUUACCGGAGUUUUGGACGGAGAUUUUGGUGCCGGUGUGCGCCGUGGUGGGAAUCGUGUUCUCGCUUUUCCAGUGGUGUAUAGUGUCCUGCGUGAAGCUCACCGCCGAUGAUGACGCGUCGUCUCCUACAGAAGACGGGAAGAACGGACACGAAGAUUAUCUGAUGGAGGAAGAGGAAGGGGUUAAUGAUCAGAGCGUCGUGGCCAAGUGCGCUGAGAUUCAGACCGCUAUUUCCGAAGGUGCAACCUCUUUUCUGUUCACCGAGUACAAGUAUGUUGGGGUCUUCAUGGUUAUCUUUGCCGCCAUUAUCUUUCUCUUCCUCGGAUCUGUCCAAGGGUUCAGCACCAAGAGCCAGCCUUGCACUUACGACGAGACCAGAACAUGCAAGCCUGCUCUUGCGACUGCUGUCUUCAGCACCAUCUCCUUCGUGCUCGGCGCUGUGACUUCCGUCCUCUCUGGUUUCCUCGGGAUGAAGAUUGCCACUUACGCCAAUGCUAGGACCACGUUGGAAGCAAGGAGAGGCGUUGGGAAGGCCUUCAUCGUUGCCUUCAGGUCUGGCGCCGUGAUGGGUUUCCUUCUCGCUGCCAACGGUCUCUUGGUGCUUUACAUCACUAUCAACCUCUUCAAGAUUUACUACGGCGAUGACUGGGAAGGCCUUUUCGAGUCCAUCACUGGUUACGGGCUCGGUGGAUCUUCCAUGGCGCUCUUUGGCAGAGUUGGUGGUGGAAUCUACACCAAGGCUGCUGAUGUCGGUGCUGACCUUGUAGGCAAAGUGGAAAGGAAUAUCCCCGAAGAUGAUCCAAGAAACCCAGCUGUCAUUGCUGAUAAUGUCGGCGACAACGUUGGUGACAUUGCUGGGAUGGGCUCUGAUCUUUUUGGGUCGUACGCUGAGUCGUCUUGUGCUGCCCUUGUUGUUGCUUCCAUCUCCUCUUUCGGGAUCAACCAUGAUUUCACUGCCAUGUUGUUCCCGUUGCUCAUCAGCUCGAUGGGAAUCUUGGUUUGUUUGGUCACCACCCUCUUUGCCACCGACAUCUCUGAGAUCAAGGCAGUGAAGGAGAUCGAGCCGGCGUUGAAAAACCAGCUUAUCAUCUCCACGGUUAUCAUGACCGCUGGAAUCGCUCUUGUGUCGUGGACUGGGUUACCAUCUUCCUUCACAAUCUACAACUUCGGUGCACAGAAAGUUGUGAAAAACUGGGAGCUGUUCCUCUGUGUUGCCGUUGGUCUCUGGGCUGGACUCAUUAUCGGUUUUGUUACUGAAUACUACACAAGCAAUGCAUACAGCCCUGUGCAAGACGUGGCAGAUUCAUGCAGAACUGGAGCAGCCACCAACGUUAUAUUCGGGCUUGCUUUGGGAUACAAAUCCGUCAUCAUUCCAAUCUUUGCGAUUGCUGUCAGUAUAUUUGUUAGCUUCAGCUUUGCUGCAAUGUACGGUGUAGCUGUUGCUGCUCUCGGGAUGCUCAGUACCAUCGCAACUGGCUUGGCGAUCGAUGCCUAUGGUCCAAUCAGUGACAACGCUGGUGGUAUCGCUGAGAUGGCCGGGAUGAGCCACCGCAUCCGAGAAAGAACCGACGCCCUUGACGCCGCGGGAAACACCACUGCCGCCAUCGGAAAGGGGUUUGCGAUCGGCUCCGCUGCGCUGGUGUCGUUGGCUCUGUUUGGUGCGUUUGUGAGCCGAGCAGGAGUGGAGACAGUGGAUGUGUUGACACCAAAGGUGGUGAUCGGGCUGCUGGUUGGAGCCAUGCUUCCGUAUUGGUUCUCUGCGAUGACGAUGAAGAGCGUGGGAAGUGCAGCUCUUAAGAUGGUGGAAGAAGUGAGGAGGCAGUUCAACACCAUCCCGGGGCUCAUGGAAGGUACCGCGAAGCCCGACUAUGCUACAUGCGUCAAGAUCUCUACUGAUGCUUCCAUCAAGGAGAUGAUUCCUCCAGGCUGCCUCGUCAUGCUUACUCCUCUCAUCGUCGGUUUCUUCUUCGGCGUUGAGACACUCUCUGGCGUCCUCGCUGGCUCCCUUAUCUCCGGUGUUCAGAUUGCGAUAUCUGCAUCCAACACUGGUGGAGCCUGGGACAAUGCCAAGAAGUACAUUGAGGCGGGUGCAUCGGAGCACGCGAGGAGCUUAGGACCAAAAGGGUCAGAGCCACACAAGGCAGCAGUGAUAGGUGACACGAUAGGAGACCCAUUGAAGGAUACAUCAGGACCGUCGCUUAACAUAUUGAUAAAGCUAAUGGCUGUUGAGUCUCUCGUCUUUGCUCCAUUCUUUGCGACUCAUGGAGGUUUCCUCUUCAAGAUCUUCUCGUGAAGAAGGCUCAACUUUACUCUUUCAUAUUUUUGUUCCGAGGAGAUGCUUUAAGUUUUGUUUAAUGGUCUUGUGUCAUUACGAACGAUGUUCGACUUGUAUUUUCUGCUGUCUAGAUGUUUAGGGAAAGGAAAGUAAAAAGGAACAUCUUAAAACCUGAAUCUUGUUUUAACUUACAUUCGAAAAAGAACAUCUUCUGUUUCAUGAAUAUAUUGAGAAUGUGAAAAUGAAAGAAAGCGGU